UCGCCCUAGAGCCGCCGCCGGCUCCAUUCAUUCCGCGGCUCCGCCUCCUUCCCGGCCCCGGCGGCUCGCGGGGCGCGUCCGAGUCAUAUUCUGCUUGCCUGCUACACCCCGCCUUGACCUGUAGCUAUGUCUUACUGCACACAGUCACCUAGGUGGUAUAGUAGUGUCUUUACUGUAAUAGGAUGGCAUUCCCUGUGGAUAUGCUGGAUAAUUGCAGCCAUGAGGAACUGGAAAGUUCUGCUGAAGAUUACAUGUCAGAUCUUAGGUGUGGGGACCCUGAAAAUCCGGAGUGUUUUUCUCUUCUCAAUGUUACGAUUCCUAUUAGCCUGUCAAAUGUAGGCUUUGUACCUCUUUAUGGUGGUGAUCAGACCCAGAAAAUCCUUGCUCUUUUUGCACCUGAAGACUCACUCACAGCUGUGGCACUUUACCUUGCUGAUCAGUGGUGGGCUAUUGAUGAUAUUGUGAAAACAUCUGUCCCUUCUAGAGAAGGGCUUAAGCAGGUGAGAACUCUUGGGGAAAGAGUGGUUCUGUAUGUUCUCAAUCGAAUUAUUUAUAGAAAACAGGAAAUGGAGAGAAAUGAGAUCCCAUUCCUGUGUCAUAGCAGUACUGAUUAUGCUAAGAUACUGUGGAAGAAAGGAGAGGCCAUUGGGUUUUAUUCUGUUAAGCCUACAGGAAGCAUAUGUGCCUCAUUUCUUACCCAAAGCUACCAACUGCCAGUUCUUGAUACAAUGUUUGUAAGAAAAAAAUACCGAGGCAAAGAUCUUGGGCUUCAUAUGCUAGAGGACUUUGUUGAUUCCUUUACAGAAGAUGCACUGGGCUUGCGUUAUCCAUUGUCGUCUCUCAUGUACACAGCUUGCAAGCAAUACUUUGAAAAAUACCCAGGAGACCAUGAACUCCUUUGGGAAGUUGAAAGUGUUGGCCACUGGUACCAGCGAAUUCCGGUCACCAGAGCAUUACAGAGAGAAACACUUAAAAUUGCAGCAACCUCUCAAAAUGAAGCUAAAAGACCUAUGUCUGGAGAUUAUGGUCUUUUGCCUGUUCCAGAAUAUGAAGCAGAAACUGAAGACAAUCAGUCCAGUGAGAUGCAGUUAACUAUUGAUUCUCUAAAAGAUGCCUUUGCAAGCACUUCUGAAGGUCACAAUAAAACACCUGUUUCCACUCGUACCCGAAGUAGUCACCUAAAGCGGCCAAAGAUUGGAAAGCGGUUUCAGGAUUCUGAAUUUAGUAGUUCUCAAGGUGAAGAUGAAAGGAUUUCCCAGAUUUCACCUACAGCUUCAAUAAACAAAUUGGAGUCUACUGCACGCACAUCAGAGAGCUCAGAAGAAUUCCUGGAAGAACAUGAACAGGGCGUGAUUGAAUUUGAUAAUGAGAGCAGCGACCGAGAUGCCCGACCAGCACCUGAAGCCCAGGCACGCUUGGAGAAGCAAGAUGGUGAAAAGGAAUCUGAAUUAGAGCCUAUGAAUGGUGAAAUAAUGGAUGAUACUCUUAAGACCUCACUUACAACUGAAGAGGAAGACUCCACUAGUGAAGUUUUAGAUGAAGAGUUAAAAUUGCAGUCUUUCAAUUCCAAUGAAGACUCUACAAAUCUUGUUCCAUUGGUGGUAGAAUCUUCAAAGCCUUCUGAGGCUGUUGCACAGGAUAAGACCUCAAAUAUAACUGACUCAGAAAUAAUGCUAGAGGAAGGCCCAUCUGAUGAAAAGGGGCACGCUGAGGAGAAAUCAACACUAGUUUCAAGAAAGAAAGCUCAUUUUGGGAGUUCAGACAAUGCUGCUACUACCCCGAAUGAAGAACGAUCUGAUAGUGGUUUUCCAAGCUCUGUGAUAGCUGAAUUUUCUGAAGAAUCGAUUUCUGAAAACUUAUCACCCCAUACUACUUCCUCACUGGAAGACCAGGGUGAAGAGGGGGUAACUGAGCCCCAGGAAACAUCUUCUGCUCUUCCUCAGAGUUCUUUGAUAGAGGUGGAACUCGAAGAUGUGCCAUUUUCACAGAAUUCAGGACAGAAAAACCAGUCAGAGGAACAGUCUGAAGCAUCUUCUGAGCAACUGGAUCAAUUUCCACAAUCAACAGAAAAAACUGUGGAUAGCAGCUCAGAGGAAAUAGAAGUAGAAGUGCCUGUUGUAGACAGGCGGAAUUUAAGAAGAAAGGCCAAAGGGCAUAAAGGACCUGCUAAGAAGAAAGCCAAGCUUACAUGAGUGAAGAAGAAAUAUAGAUGAUAAAUCCUCUUCUUUGUAACAUAAUUGUUUUUAAAAUAAGGCAAUUAAUAAACAGCAUGGGGCAUAGGACAAAAAUUUCCAAAAUUUCAAUUUGAACUUAUUUAUGAUGCAGUUUUCCCUUCCCCUUAGGGCCUAUAGUGACCAUUCUUUUUAAUUUUUUGGGAUAUUUUGUGUAAAUAGUUUUCUUUUUUUUAUUAGCCAUGUUUCAAUUUUGGGAAACCAGAUCAUAGUAUAUUUUCUUUAGUAGUUGGGGACAUCUGACCAUUAAUACUUCAAAAAAAUAUAUAGUAAAAACUUUGAAAGUAGUAGGCUUUCCAUUACUUGUAAGGAUCACUGAAAUCUUUUAUACAAAGGGUUUUAAUAGUAAACUUGGUGAGGGUUCUAGAAGUUUUAUUUUAAAUACCAAGCUAGUCACCAUUUUUUAAAACUUAGGCAUGCCUAAACAAAAAUGUCAAUAAAUCAGAAUAAAUAUAACUUUAACUCAAUGAGAGCACAAAUAAAGAAAUUUAAGAUCAAAUGCUUAAAGAAGGUGAUAUUUUGGCCUCAAUUCUAGCUGUAGAUGCGGUUUCUACCUUAGACUGUGGAGUACACACACAAUCUGUAUCUAGUUCUCUCUCUCUCUAACAUCUGAUAUUAAUAGUACUUCUAGGGAUUUAACUUUGUCAUGUAGGUACUAAUAUAAUUAUUUAAAAUUUCAUUUGAAGUAUUACUUUGCCUUAAUUUUUGUUUCUAUAUAUUCAGGUACAAGCUUAAAGGGUAUUCUUUCACCUUUAAUUAGGUAUAUAUUCCAACCAAUACAUUUUAACUUGAACUAUCCUGUUGUGAUCAGAGAAAUAAACUGGGAAUAAUACUUUUGUCCUCACCCGGUUAAUGUGUUGUACUCCAGAGAUAUGAGACUCCUCCUUAAGACUAAUUCUCCUUAGUUUUCAUCUACUUGCCUAACUCGUGGAGUAAUACCUGUCAAAAGAUCAGCCUGCCUGCCAGGGUAAAUAAAGCCCCGGCAUCCAUUUUGAGGUAGGUUUGUAAUCGUGUCCUAUGACCUUAAACCUAGGUAGCGGAAAUAAUGCUGCCCUAAGACCUGUCCUUACAAGAUUGGAGGCUUCUCUGUCUCCGUGGUCUUGCUCACUCUUCAUUUGUUCUGAGGAAAAGCUUGCAGGCUUGCCUGUAUGCAUAUAUUGUGUUGCCACUGCAAGCCUUUGCCUGGGAAAAAUAAAAAUGAAGAAACCUCAACUUUAAAUUUUUGCAGUUUAUUUUUAAUGAACAAAAUGGUCUUAGAAUCCAGUCUCUCAACAAUUCUACUCUUUUGAAGUAUUAGGUGUACUCAGAUUUGCACCUACGUUGGAGAAUGCUUUCAGACCAUUUAAAAUGUUUUUAAAACAGCCUAAUCCUCACAUGAAAAAAAAGUGUUAGGAUUUUGUGACAUUGGGGUCUAAUAACAAUUGAUGUUGAAAGUUUAUUCAGUCUAUAGGCAGGUGAUGUCUUUAAUUUUGGGGGGAAUGCUGGUAUUUUAGGAAGACCUAAUUAGUUGAAUUAAAAUCUUGAAGGAAGCAAAAUAGCAAACCCUCUUAUUUGGAGAAAAAUUUGAAACCUUGUAUCCAUUAAAUUUUCUUUAAUUACUGGCUAGAGGUAAACCAGAUUAUUUCACUUAAAAUGAAAAUUAAAGCACUUUCACCAUUUGUUUUUCACCAAUUGCUAAGUGAAAGAAUAGGCAUGACUAAUACUAGAAUGUUUAUCAAAGUUUAUGCCCUUUUAUACAAACUUAAGACCAUAACUAGGGAAAUAAAGAUUUAGUAAAUACUUAACCUUUCUACUUUUAAUUUCUUAAAAUAGAUAUAAAAACCUAACCCUCUUUUUACAUUUUUAUGUUAUUCAUUAUUCUCUUUGAAAUGCCUUAAAAGGGUACAGUUUAAGAAAAUUGAACUGAAAAUUCUUGACCUAUGAAUACAGUUGCCAAGUUAGCAAAAAAUGUUAUUCAUAUAUAAUCACUGGGGACAAAUAGUAUAAACUUGUUAAACUUGUUUGGCUUAUUCUUAGUGCAUUUUAAGCAAUUUCAAAACCUUUUGUUUAGCACACAGGAAAACUUGUUAUUUUCUGCUAGAAAAUGUUAUCUUGGUAUUUAUAAUGGUUGAGUUCAGUCACACAAAGAACCUAAUAUUCAUUUUCAAUAACUUAAGUUCUAUACACAGUGAGUAUAGAGUUUAUAACAAAACUUAUCUGCAAAAGGAAAUCUAAAUAAACUUACUUAGUUUGUGGAGGCAUUGGAACAACGUUCAGAAUUACAGAGAACUGAAAUUUGAUUUCAACCAGCCCGUCUAGUCGUUGAGUGUCCAGUCACAUUCCAUAGUCCUUUGUGAACUGUUUUAAGUCUUGUUUGUGGAGAAGGAGUUUACUUCAGUUUGUGUAAAUACAUAUAUAUAUUUCCUUGUGUAAUAUAAAGCAGACAGUUAUUAGGAAAAUUUUAGUUCAGCUUCCAAGUUUAAAUUAUUCAAUUGCUAGACAUCACAGAAAUAAGCAUAUUUAAGAAUUUAUUGUAAAGCUUCUCUACAACUUUAAGGUGAGAUAGGGCCUAUUAUGAUUUUUUUUAUAAAAUCAAAUAGCAUGACAGAAUGUCACUCUUCUACCUAAAACGAGUCUAUUCUCAUGGUGUUUCCAUUCUGUGCAAAGAAUUAUCACAACAAAGAUAAUUAUUAGUGAUUGAUGGUUUACUUUCAGCUGAUUAUGAACACUAAAGUGGUUUCAGUGACUUUAGAAAAAAAAACUCUUGAAGGUUAAUGAUUGCAUCAAGUUGAAUCUUUACCUAGUGUUUAACUAUCUGCUCUCACUUUCUGCUUUACCCUUAGGGAUUACCUUCUAAGGUUUGGUCACACCAGCAAACUGAAACAGAUCUUACUGUAAAUAAAUGAUUUAUACUAACAUUACUCAUCAGUGUAAUAGUAUUUUAGAAACUUCUGCCUUGUAUGUCCACUAGUAGCAAUAUGGUAACUUAAGGUGUUACCCCGUCUUUCAUGAGUGUGAUUAGUUACAAAUGUUAUGCUUCUGUUUGCACACUUGAUAUCAGGCGAUCUUUGUACAAGUAAUUUGCUUAUUUUUCAUUUAAAAAAAUAAGCAAACCUGUUUUGUAGUAUUCAGUGCUUACCUUUAGUCGAUUUUUUUGUUGUUUAACCUUCCAAAACUUAAGUCGUUCACACAUUCCUCAUGUGUUAGUGGCAGAAUCAUUUGUUAAAAUCUAAUUGUAAGGUUCAACUUCUGUCAUCCUUAAAAAGUGGCUUUAUCAUACUGGAUUGUCAUUUCCAAGGAACUAGGCUUUCUUUUCCUAAUUGUCUCUGUGUUCUUAAACUUCGAUGUUUAUAGAACUUAAAAAAGAUGUUAACCUUAUUCAGAACAGCCAGUCUUACUAAAGUUUGUUUUCCUGGUAGUUUUUUUUUUUUUUUUUUUUUUUUAAAAGCUUAAAAGCAGUGAUUAAACCUUCUAUUUUGUGAUUGUUUCCUGGUCUGUGUUUUGAAAUUCUUUUCUCUUGUUUUAUUGAUGCUAAUGUCUCUAGAUACUGAGUUUGUUUAGAUGCGGAAUGGUUUUGUUAAAGGCACAACUAAUUAUAUUGGUUGCAUUUAAAAGCAGACCGUAAAGAAAUACACAACUUAAAACAAUGCUUAUAGGUUAAUGUAAUACUCAGAUACACUGUAGCUUAAAGCCUUAAACAUUAAUUUGCAUCACGAAAGUGCUUCAAUCGAUAACCCUAAAACAUGACCUUUUUAAUAUUAUCUUAGUAGCUGUAAAUAAAUUUCUUUUUAAGGGUAUCUAUCAGUGUAGUCUUUUUAAAAUGAUUUUAUCUGGAAUUAUUUAAACCAACCAUUCAAAAAGUAUAUACUACCCCAAGUUUAGAAAAUGCUAAAAAUACAAACAUUUUGGAGGGUUUUUUUUUUU